AUGAAUUAUGCCUGCGAGGCGUGUCGAAUAUCCAAGAUUAAGUGUCAACCCGGAACACAACCGGGGAUCUGUAAGCGCUGCUCCGAGUUCAAACGGGAAUGCGUCUUUCGAACCGGUCCACGAACCCGGCGACCCAAGGUUGCUCGGCCAGAUGCAGAGGCCCGGCCGCCUCCUCCCGGCCCCAGUCAGACCUUCAGCAUCGACUUCACCAUGCCCGCUGAUGAUGAUCUUCAUGAUAACUUCGACGCUCUGAGGGAAAAGCACGAACGCUUCAUCGAUGGCCUCAUACCGUCUAGUGACGACGAGUCAGCCGAUGAUCCGGCGCAGCUGUUGUCGACGGGGGAAGCGUUCAACUUUAACGAUCUCUCCAUGCCGACUCCGUCUGGGGCGCCGGCGAGAUGCGCUUCGCGGCCCGUAAGCAGCCUCGGUAUCAAGCCGCGCUUCAACCUCGAAUCGGCAGAAAAGCUGCUCGAGUCGUUCCGGGCUAUGCUGCCGUCCUCUCCGUGUAUUGCGUUGCCCGAUGAUGCGGACGUGCGGUCCUUGGCUCGCGACAUGCCCUUCGUGCUCUUGUCUCUGCUCGCCGUGACGAGUUGCUCUACGAGCUUGCAAGGCCAUAGCCUCUAUGACGAGGAGUAUCGUAAGAUUUUAGCUUUAAAAUUUGUCGCUGGGGGUGAAAGAUCCAUCGAGUUGCUGCAAGGAAUUAUGAUUUACUGUUCCUGGUACCCCUUUCAUCUACGCCCGAAAAAUAGGCAGUUACAGCAGUAUCUACGAAUGGCCACAGAUAUUGUACGUGACUUAGGAUUAGAUGAGGAAACACGUAUAGAUCUCGCGACCAUGCCACCAGAGAGAAAGGCAGCCAAGUUGCAAAGCAUCCGGGCGUAUCUUUCUUGUUUCCACUACAACUCAGUAUACGCGUGGGCGUGGUCUAAAUCGUCUACGCUAAGGUAUACGCCGUGGAUGGCCAAAUGUUGCGAUAUGCUAGAGCAAUACAGCGACCUUGAGCAGGAUCACAUCCUUGUAUGGCUCGUCCGUCUGCAGUAUGUGCUAAAUGAAUUUGAAGAGCUACAUAGAAGUUACAAGAAGCACGAUGCUAGCAACCAGAGCGAUCACCACAAGCAACUUAUUCGGGCCGGCCUUGAGAUGCAGCUACGAGAUUUCCAGGCCAGAAUCCCCAUCCGCCUUUCAACUAAGCCGAGUAUUUUGAUGGCCUCCCUCGCCGGCGAUGCAUUCCUCCUGGCCGCACCUCUCAUGCAGACGGUUCGCCCGCGUCCAGAAGAUGCAUCGGCACUCAUGAUCGAUCCCGCCAAGCUUCAAUCUGCCGCGUAUACAGCACGGACGUUGCUGGACUACGUCGUGAACCUAUCCCCGACGCAGAUGAGCUACUUUUGCGGGGCUGACCUCACACGUUUCAUUCUAACAAUUAUCCUCGGCUACAGACUUUCAUUUCCGAUGUCAUUCUGCCCCAGCUAUGAUUACUCCCAGGGCCGGAAAGUCUUGGACUUCGGCACGUAUCUCACCAAGUUGUCGAGCAACAACGACAGCGGUGGCGGUAAUACCAACGACGAUGCUGCGAAUAGCGGUACUGGAAGGGCAAGCAAGAUAACCGAUGUUGUGAGUGCCCUGAAAGUCGUCCUGGGAUCCGUAAAGACAAGUUUCUACAAGAAGUCCGCCGUGCUAGAAGCCGCUGCCGAGGAGCAUAACAAGAGAGCGCGGCUAUGCCCAAUGUUCGACGGAAGCCUAGAGCAGUAUCUUCCGCAGUGGGAAGGGGAAGAGCAGCAGGGGAGCAGCAACAACACCUCGGGUUCAUCGUACGCACCCUCUUCGCACAGUGGGAGCGGUAGCGGUAGCGGUAGCGGAAGCUCGGCGGCCCAUCCCGCAGCACCGUCAACGGCGGGCGAAGACGGAGUAGCGUCGCCGGAGUCGGCGAAACCAAUGCUAUUCCAAGACCUCUGGGCCACGAUGACGGUGGGUUGGGCUACGGAUCUAGAUAUGAACUUGCAGCAAGGUGUAGAUGUACCGGAGAUGAAUGGUGUCGAGUAUGUCGAUCUUAUGGGUAUGAGAGAGUCGUUUCACGACUUGUGA